AUGAUUCGACCGCAGGGCCCUGUCCUUGUUCUCAAGCAGAACACCAAGAGAGAACAAGGCAGGAAAGCGCAGUUGGCAAACAUUCAAGCCAGCAAGGCGAUUGCAGACAUUGUCCGGACGACCUUGGGCCCGUCCUCGAUGCUUAAGAUGCUUUUGGAUCCCCUGGGUGGGAUCGUCCUCACCAACGAUGGCAACGCUAUCCUCCGCGAGGUCGACGUGCUGCACCCGGCCGCGAAGACGAUGAUUGAGUUGUCGCGGACGCAAGACGAGGAAGUCGGCGACGGCAGCACGAGUGUGGUAGUGUUGGCUGGCGAGGUGCUGGCUGGCGCGGUCGACUUGCUGGAGAAGCAGCAGCUGCAUCCCUCGGUCAUUUCCCACGGCUACAUGUUGGCCCUGGACGACACACUCAAGUUCAUGCGGGAGAUCGCCGUCGAUGUCGACGUGAACGACAACGCGAAGCUGCGCGAAGUCGUGGACGCCUGCCUGAACACCAAGUUCUCUUCGCGCUGGGAGGGACGCAUCAGCGAGAUGGCUAUCCAGGCCGUUCGCAGCGUCGAGAUCAAGCUUCCCAACGGCAAGAAGGAGAUCGACAUCAAGCGCUACGCGAAAGUCGAAAAAAUCCCUGGGGGAGACCUCGAGGAGUCGCGCGUCCUCGACGGAGUCUUGGUCAACAAGGACGUCACGCACGCGAAAAUGAGACGCUACAUCGCCAACCCCAAGGUGUUGCUGUUGGACUGUCCGCUUGAGUACAAGAAGGGCGAGUCGCAGACGUACGUGGAAAUCACGAAGGAGGACGAGUGGGCGAAGCUGCUGGAGCAGGAAGAGAAGGAAGUGCGCGCGAUGUGCGACGACAUCAUCGCGAGUGGCUGCAACUUGGUUAUCACCGAGAAAGGCGUGAGCGACUUGGCGCAGCACUUCCUGGUGAAGGCCGGCAUCAGCUGCAUCCGCCGCGUGCGCAAAACUGACAACAAUCGCAUUGCCCGCGUGACCGGCGCCACCAUUGUCAACCGCACCGAGGAGAUCACCAAGGAAGACGUCGGCACCAAGUGUGGACUCUUCGAGAUCAAAAAGAUUGGCGAUGAGUACUUCAUGUUCCUGACGAAGUGCGAGGAGAAGGGAGCUUGCACGAUUUUGCUCCGCGGAGGCAGCAAGGACGUCCUCAACGAAGUCGAGAGAAAUUUGCAAGACGCAAUGAACGUCGCCAGGAACAUCAUGCUGGAGGGCAAGCUGCUGCCUGGUGGCGGCGCUGUGGAGAUGGCCGUCUCCGCCCGCCUGCUCGCCAACGCGAAGAAUGUCGAGUCCGUGCGACAGUACCCGUACAAGGCCGUCGCGACCGCGCUGGAAGUCAUCCCGCGGACUCUCGCGCAGAACUGCGGCACGAAUGUUGUCAAAGUCAUGACGGAGCUGCGCGCCAAGCACGCGACGUGCGCGGCCGACAGCGUCCACUGGGGCGUCGACGGCGAGACUGGCGCAAUCGUUGACAUGGCCAAGGAGCAGGUUUGGGACAGCUUGGCAGUGAAGCAGCAGAUCGUGAAGACUGCCAUCGAGGCCGCGGCAAUGCUUCUGCGUAUCGACGACGUUCUCUCGGGUGUGAGGAAGGAAGGCCAAGGAGGCACCUGCGACAACAUGGACGCCGACCCCGAGACGUUCGGUGACUCUCGCGACGGAUGA